GUCAUAAAACGCGAGCAGAAUAUAAUCACAAUUAAAUGUGUGUUAGUUUCUAGAAUACUAGUUUCUUAAAAACUUUUUUUACGCUUUAUAUAUUUAUCUAACGGAAGCUAUUAACUUGACGACAGACAAUUUGUGGCAAUUGCAGGACGAUCAUUGUAGACUUCGAGGACAACUUUGGUUAAAAGGUUGGCGGAGACAGAGCCACGUCAUUAAGAUCAUCAAUCAUGACAGACUCUCAGUCUGAUUAUGUCUGUACCCUGUCUCCAGAACUAAUAGCCAAGGCUGAGAAGGAACUCAACGAAAAAGCUCAAUGGCGAAGCAGGGAUAUUCAGGCCCUCAGGGAGAUGGUUCUCAAACAAAGAGAUUUGAAAAUUCGAACUGACGAUGCCUUUCUGCUGCGAUUCCUACGUGCCAAAAAGUUUGACUAUGAACGUGCCUUUCAGUUAAUUAUGACGCAUUACAAAAUGAAAAUAGAAAACAAAGAAAUAUUUACCAAUCUACGGCCCUCAGCUGUCAAACAUGUGCUAGAUGAUGGAGUGACUGGAGUGCUUGCCAGUCGCGACAAAGAAGGCCGUCGGGUUGUUAUAUUCCGACCAGGUAAAUGGGAUGUGGCACGCUAUGGAUUAGAUGACAUAUUCCGGACCAACUUCUUGACCUUAUCCAAACUUAUAGAGGAGGAAGAAACCCAGGUGAAUGGUAUCGUCAUGGUGAUUGAUUUAAAGGAUCUUAGUUGGAGUCAUGCAAAAAAUGUCUCUCCAUUUUAUGCCAAGCGUAUCUCCAGUUUACUUCAGGAUGCCUUCCCUGCUAGGUUUAAGGGCCUACACUACCUACACGAGCCAGUCUUCUUUGACUAUGUCUUCGCCAUCGUCAAACAGUUUUUGAAAGAGAAGACAGUCAGUAGGCUACAUUUCCACGGUGACAAACCAGAGGGCCUAAAGGAGUUCGUAGGCGAGGCCAUCCUUCCAAAGGAAUAUGGAGGACCGCUACCACCAUUUUCAAAUAAGGACUGGGCAGAGAAAUUGUUGGCAUGUGAUGAGCAGUUUGACCAAGAGGCAAAAUACGGCCUAAUGGAUGCUACAGCCAAAGCCUCUAAGUCUUCCAAAGCUGACGCUAUGGAGUGUCUUGUGGGGUCAUAUCGUAAACUGGACGUGUAAAUGUACUAGAGAUUUGUAAACUGAAUCCACCGAUUGGGAGAGAGAAAAAUAUUUGAGUUUUGUGCGGUAAGAAGACACAGCUGUACCGUCCGUCCAGCCACUCCAAUAAAAGUACACAUUCCAAUCACAUUUCUCCUCUGAUUGAUACUGACGUAUGUGAUCAGUCGUCAGUACCUUAGUAAAAGUGGAAAAGAUAUGGUAGAAAGGUUAUGUAUCAACGUUGAAUUGCUAUUGCCAACUUGUAUAUAGUUCAGACCUUUGUAUACAUUCGCUUCGCUGGUCAUUUGUCUGAUGAUGGUGACAUGGAAUGUACUGUACUGGUCAUGGAAAGGUCACUGAAAAACACUUACUGGUUGUGAUAUAUAACCUUUCUACAAUUCAUAUUGCAACCUAAAGAUAUGUUUGGAACUAAAUAUCAAGUAUAAUACCAAAGUCUAUGCCACUUAAUUUUGUUUCUGAUUUAUUAGAUUGUGAUUUAAAUAUCAAGUUGUUUUUCAUGAUUCUUACACUAUUUUACUACACGAGUCGUCCCAGGAAAAAGUUGAUCAACCUGAAUUGAAUUUCAAUAUUCAAUAUUUCUCUUAGAGCAUGCUUCAUAGAUAAAGAGCAUGCUUCAUAGAUAAAGAGCAUGCUUCAUAGAUAAAGUUCACCAAAAGUAAAUUUCUCAGUAUAAUGCUAUUAUUGCUGGCAGUAUAUGUCUUUUAACAAGUCAUAGAGUUUUUCUCUUUCUUUAAAUGCAAUAUUUAUAAGCUUUGUAUUUGUAUGGGAUGACUUGGUUGGUGUAAAACAAUAAUGUAAAAAUAGAAAAAUCAGGUUAAUAAUAUUUUAUUCACAAUCUGUAAGCUAAGGAAACAAAAUUAAAUACCUAAGACUAGUCUGGGGAAAUCCUGUCAAAAAAUGGAAUCGAAACGAAAAUCACAUUCUUUAGAGCUAGACCUUAUCAUGAUUUGAUCUUACCUAAGUACAUAAUAUAGAAUAAGAGAAGUUUUAUCAAACAUAUACAUAGGAAACAAUGUUUAUAAUGAACACUUUGGGUGGUUGAGGGGAGGGGGGAGGGGCUACAAAAUGAAUAUCAUAUAGGCAUAAUUUAUCAUCAUAUGAUUGCAUGUUUCUGAGACAAUUUCUUGCCAGGGUAUGAAAAAAUGUUUCCUCCCAUAGUCCAAGUUACAGCAUUUUACUAAAUUGGCAUUUAUAUAAAUCUUAUGAACAGCAACAUGGUAGACAGGCAUUCAAGUUCAUUACAUAGUGAAUUGAUCGUCAUGAGUUGGCCUUGAAACAGGGCCCGUAUUCAUGAAACCGUUCUAGUGCUCAGGCAUGGCUUCUGUGCUCAACCUUCUUUCUUACUGCUGGGUUGACAUCAUGUCACACGGACAUAAAGUCGAAUUUAAACAUUUAAAAAUAGUACUCAGCCCUAAGACUCUCCCAAACUCUUCCACAUCAUUGACAGUUUGUAAUUGUUCGUUAAGUUUUCACUGGAAUAAGAAAUUAGGUUUGUGCAAAAGAUAUGACUUUGAGCAUGAGAACGCUUUAAUGAAUACGGGCCCAGAUGUCGUUAAUAAUAAUGAGUGGGACGUGGGUUAAGACCAUUACAAUAUAUCAAUAUAUCACCUUGAGAGUUAUUUAAAGUACUGCUAGAAGAAGAUGGGAAUCGCUGUACAGAUAUAUUAUGAUGUUAUUUUCCAAUGAGUGACAACGGUCUCGUUAACAAUGGUAACCAUCUUAACUCCAUGACAAUCGAAACAGUUUACCUUUAGUAGUUUCAUAAUGUUCAGCUUGAGUAGAAAUGGAAUUAUAAGUAUGGCCUAGCUAUGCUGUACUACAUUCCAAGUACAUGUAUCAGGUAUUUUUAACUUCAGGGUGACGACAUUUUGGAGUGACAUCGGUUGAAAAAAAUCGAAGUGGAAAAGUGUAAACAAUAUAUCUUAUGAACAGUAGAAUCAAUUCCAACCGUGGAGAUAGUAUCCAUGUAAAUAUUGUGGAAUUUAUUGUGAUAAAUCAAACACUUUUCAAAUCAUCCUGUUGAAAUCCAUUUCAUGAUCUGAUGAUAACUGUCAGGGAAAUAUUGUCUCUUUAUUGUAUAACUAAUUACAUUGUGGCGGUGGUAGAGAUAGAUUGGUUGAUAUCAUGAAUUCCUUACAUGACAGUAGCACAGCAGUUGUAGAUAAAUUGUGUAAUUGUGUUUUUCAACCAUUGUCGACAAAAAUAAUUUAGAUCUUGUUUUGCUUCCAAUGCUGCUAAAUUUUGACUGUUUGAGGUGGGUUUUUUUAUAUUCAACCUUCAUCUUAUAGCUAUAACCUUGAACUAGUCUCAGAUUAAGAGUGAAAGUUUCGUCCUUAAAGGAAAGUAUGUCAAAUUGGUUUUCUGUUUGUAGAGAAUUAAUCAUCAUGAUUUCUUCAGAUUGUCUCCAACUAUAGCUGUGAUACCUAGUUCUUGGAACAGUUGAAACAUGAGAUCAGUACUUGAAUAGAUGUGAUUAAUUGUAUCUUGCCCAAAGUCUUGUUAAUAGCAUUUCUGUAAGCCUAACUUUCAGUCUUUAUUAGGAUGAUUUUCUGACCUCUGGACUCGAGCAGGCGAUCAUAAAAUCCUGUAGACUUGCUCAAGUCAGUACUUAAACAGGAAAAUAUCAUAAGAGAUUGAGAGCCAGUUGUAAUUUUUGUCUUCCAUUGUUGUCAGUGAGAUUUGUUACCAUUGUAUGACCUGAUUUACUUCAAAGUGACAAGCAGAGAUGACUUAUUUUAAAAUGACGAUUUUUAAGCAUUAUUCGAAAUUGUCAUUCAAAAUGAAAAAAGAAUGGUUGCCACAAUGGGUUGACAGUUCUGAUUGUUUUUGUAGAAGCUGAACACAUAUCUUAAACUAUUCAUUCUAAUGCUGUAGUUGAUGUGGAAAUCCUUUGAAUAGUAUUAAAGGUUCAUAUGUUAAUCUCAAACCAAGCCAACAUCACAUAAAUAUUAUAUUAUUUGAAAAUACACAACAUGAUGUCAUACUUAAGAUAUAAUGAAAAAGUGCCAAAACGGUAAAAUAUCAACUGUAUUGUGGUUCAAGUACUUUUCCAUUGGUAAAAUUGUAAAGAAAAAGUCAUAAUUUGGGAAAAUGUUUGCUUUUCUACGAAGGAUUAUUUGAAUUAUUGUUGAUGAAUGACUUGCAAAGUUUCUUGUUCAGAUCAUAAAAGAGUUCAUCAAUCAGAUUUAAAUCUGCUUUGAUUCACUUUUAUUUAAUAGUAUACAUUAUUGUCUGUACACUGAAAACAGAAAAUCCUGAAUCUUUUUUUAAUACAUGUAGUUCAGACAGGAAAUCGAAAGAAAGUUUUGAAAAAUGCUGGCAUAUGUGUUGAAAUUUUGUCCUGAAAAGUCUUUACGAACAAUGUUGGAAAUUUUCUUCAAAAAAAAUGGUCAUGAUUUCACCUUUGAAACUGUAAUUGAGCUGAGAUUGAGAGUUUUGACUAAUUUUUGGGGUUGGAAAUUUUCGUAUUCUUUGUCAUGUCGCUACAGUACACAUACCAUGAUAUAUCAGUAUAAUUGCACAUGCAGCUUUAAGCACUGAUUUAGCAAAAGUCAAAUAGAGGGAAAAGUAUUUAGUCUAGACUUGCAAAGUUCCAAUGAGCUGGUUAUUAUAUGUAUAACUGUUGACCAAUGUAUUAUUUUUACCCUGUUAUUUGCUCAUAGUAACCUAUACAUAACUCAUACACAAUAAUUCUCAUCAUUAUAUACAGGUAACCUAUAGGACAUCGCAAUUUGAUAUAAAACAUGUGUAUCUGCUUCAAUUCAGAAUAGUCUAUCGUAUAUGUGUUAAGUACAAACGGAGUAACACAACAGGCAUAUCCUAUAUGCAAGCCCUCUCCUUAAUGCAUCGGUUAGCUUAGGAAGGUAUGUAUAAUGAAAUAUAGUUUAACUAUAUAUAACCAUUAGUUAUUGCGAGUAUUAUAAAGUGGGUUUUGACGAUAUAUUGAUUGAAAUCAUCACACAAUACCUUAUAAAUCGAACAGUAAUUUUCAGAAAACGAAUUAAGAGGUAUCAAAUGUAUACGCAAUUCUCUUGAGAAAGAAGAGAUGGUUCUGCCAUAUUUCUGUGGAGAUUUAAGUAACAUAUAUGGAGAGUUAUUGAUAUGUUUGGGUAAUGUGACGUUACCUAUAAAAAGAGAAAAAUAAUUUUGAAUAGCGACGGCCAUGUUGGAAAGUAAUGACUGGUUUAUGGCAACGUUUUACAGUAAAAUAUUGCCUUCUAUAUGUAUUUCGGUUGCUAAUGUUAUUUAAAUACAAUAUUUGUGAUUGAUCUCUCCUAAUCCCACGCUCUACAGGCAGGAAGGGGUGCUAGUGAGGGCCUCGGAAUAAUAAAAUGUUGAACAUAUCCGUUGUUUCAACACAACUCAGAAAAUUGUUAAAAACAAAAAAACAUGUUCUGAGCAUUGCAUCUAGAUAAGAAAAUGUGCUUAUGAUAAAUAUGACUACUUUAAUUUUCACUUUUUUAAAUUUCAUUUCUCUGUAGUUAAUGCAAUCUGAUGACUUAGUACACUUUUUUUAAACUUCUUUUCUCUGUAGUUAAUGCGAUAUGACGACUAACUACACACCGGAUUUCUAUUCUAAAGAGGGAACUUCAAAACACACUAAAGUGAUUCUUUUUCAUAUAGUGAUAUACUACAAAGAUUUGAAAUGAUAUGUAAUAGCUGAAAUAAUUGUAACCUGUUUUGUUUGUGUUUAAUUCAUGUAGACGUUCAACAAAUAUUUUUAUUGGACGAUCGUUACAAUUUUGUAAAAAAAC